UGCAGUAGAGUAUCUUCCAGGUGAUGGCUAUGCGGAUCGUGGAGGCUUUGUGGAGUAUCUGCAUCCGGACUUCAGUGCUGUCCGCUCGAGGAAUCGGCUGAUUGAGAUGCAGCAAACAGGAUGGCUGGACGCGGUCAAAACGGCUUCUUUCGUCGCAGAAGUGACGCUGUUUAACGGGAAUGUCGGAGCGCAGUUUUUGCACUUGUCGUUCAUAUUCUUACGUGGAUGGGUUCUCGUUCAUCCUUCUUACCGUUGUAACUACAGUACUUAACUACAUCAACUCCUUCUUGCAAUCAAUGUACAUAACUCCACCAACUUGUAGUCGGAGAUCAUCUUCAAACAUCAACGUCCGUCUCAUCCUUUCAUCUCUCCACUUUCCUCUAUCUAAGUCUUGAAACCCAGGCCAACGGCCUUGUGAAACCGCGUUUAAGUGUCGUUCCCUUUGGCCUCAACCUCUACGCGCACGCGUGGGAGACGUAUUUUCGGCUGAUCUUAGAGAUCUGUGUGGUGUUACUUUUUUCCUUCUUCUUGGUGGACGAAUACAACAACUUCUCCGAUGCGCCGGUGCAAUAUUUGAAGAAGCCGCUGUCUUGGCUUUCCGUCGGCAACUUGGCGCUUUGCUUCACCUGCGUGAUCCUCUACAUCUACUGGGUAACGAGUCACAGUUUUUCGAGUAUGGAACUUCCGUUGGAGGGAUUGCAAGAAGGGGGAAUGAUUUCCAAGCAAUGGAUCGAGGGUGUCAAAGAGCUUCAGUUUCUCUCCGAACGCGCACAAGCGGUCGCGACUGUGGGAGGAGUGAACAUCUGUUUCAUCUUUUUGCGGUUGCUUUAUGGCAUGGCGCAAUCAACGCUUCAAGUGAUUCAUGAUGAGCAUGAACUGAAGAACCAUAGUUCACAGGUGGACAGAAUGUCCUCAUCAUCAUGGACCUUCUAACUCGGAACCCUGAUGUCCGCAGUAAGUCCUAAUCUUGGUUUGGUCUUGCAGUCUCUGGGCCAAGGCAGCGAAAGCUUCUCCUGCUUCACCUUCAUCUUUCUCUUGCUUUUCUGCGGUUUCGGACUGAGCGGAUACCUGCAGUUCGGUGGCACCGUCGAACAGUUCUCGACGUGGUACGGGGCUCUUCUGACCUGUUUUUAAGGGCAGGUUAAAGGUGCUUUUGUUACGUACCGUUUGUUAUGGCUCUCUCCCUUAGGUGGGGACAGCCAUAACAAGCGGGAGAACCCACGAACACCAAAAUAAACCUACCUCUAAUGUUUACGCAUGACGAUUGGGGAUUUCGAUUUCAAGGAAAUGCACUCAGAGGCUCAGAACCCGUUUGUGGCUGUCAUUUGGUUCGUCAUCUUCAUGGCGAUUUUCUUCCUCGUCUUGUUAAGGCAAGAACUCCUGCUAUUACAGUUUCCGCCUCUAUCGCGGCUAUCCAACAGGAUGAACACCAGGGAUCUCUCAAACACAAUGAAAUAUGCAAGGGACGAAAGGAGCCUACUUGAGAUGAAGGAUACGCGGCUAUAGCGAGGACGGACUACUGGAAGUAGCUCUAAUCUUGGUGAACAUGUUCCUAUCCAUCAUCGUCAGCUGUUACAACAAACAAGUGCGCUAUUUGAACGAGCAGAUUGAGAUCCACGGCGAAAUCGACAGCCUGAAAAUCUUCGCAAAACAAGUCUUGCAGUUUCUGUCCAAGACGUUCAACUUUUUGGAGAGGUUAAAAAUGUUGGCAGCCUUGAACGCGAGCAGUGGAUCCAAAAAGCUCAAUUUCGAACUGAUCAACAAGCUACGAGCCAAAAAGAAGGCCCAGUCGUACCCAGGUUCGACGCACUGUGUGGCGAUAUCGACCUUGUUCUUACUCUUCUUUCUGACAAUCACGCGAAUAGCAAGAAUAAGAGAUUCGCUGACGUACCAAGUGUCGACGGGGUCGGACCUGCAGAGGAGUCACUGGACUACGAUGCUACCUGAUGCGUUCGCAAACCCACAGUAUCCUGCGGCUCGUCGUGCAAAUUUCUCAAGCGUCACCCAAAUGGCGGAACUGCAUUUAUGAAAAUGCAACGACAUCGUGAUCCUCAUAGAAGAGAACCAUUUCGUCUCAGUAUAGUCUUUUAUGUUGUAAAAAGAUAUGUCAAAAUUCGAAUUGCAUUUCGCGGCCCAAGUCCAUCAUCUAACCCCCGACUGGAUUCGCUACAGCUUGAUAGACGAAAUGUACAGCUGUGUCUGGGAUAAUGCUGCUUCCGUUGCCAGCUCAAAAGUGGAGGAUUGCUUUUAUGCGCGUGACGAGUUACGUAGAAAACCGGAGGUGUACCGAACAAGGGAACAGAACUACACGUGGCUGUUUGCAGGGAACAGUUUACAGGGAAAGCCUGUGGUAUUGAGUACAGCGAAUGGCACUGUGUCCAGAAGAAGAUUGGGAGAGAUGGACGACGGAGAGGGUUACGUUGAGGAUAGCCUUCAGCAAGGUGACGGCACAACAAAAGGUGAAGCCAGCUUGUUGGAUUUGAUGUCGUCAUCGGCAGUGCCUGUUGAAGAAGAGGUCCGAAGUCGCAUGCAGGAAAAGGAAUAUAGCAGAGAAACUAUCGAACCGCGUGGAGGUACAAGCACUGGACUAGCAAGAGGAUUAGAUGAGGAGGAUCGAAUGGCACUUCGAGGCUUGAGGUAUUUGACGAGGAUAGAUCUUCAAGAUAAAAACCAGGAUAUCGAGGCAAACGCACAAGAACCUCGUGCAGACGAAAGGCUCCUCACACCGACAACAGCAGCCAAUAGCACCACAUCUUCUACUUCAACGACAACUACUGUGGCUGCAGAAGUUUUACCGUUUUCUUCUGCUAAGACCGUAAGUCUAGGAUACGUUUUCGAUCAUAUGCGUGAGUCAGCGGCGACCAAUCGGGGUAAUGCUGCUGCAACAGGUGGCACGCAAGUUUCUCUGACUAGUUUUACUCCGCGUGUGCGGGAUUGGAGUGUUGGAUUCAUGCGUGACAACUUCAUCCGACUAACGAUUCAGCCAGCUUGCUAUCGGCAAAACGACGCAGUGAGGUGGCGCUACGGCUAUCCCUUUGUAUUGGAAACUGAGGAUGAACCAAAGAGGUACGUCGAGGAUAGCAGUGCCUCUGGAAGUUCAACUACUUCAGGUGGAUCGUCAACAAGUGCGGCUAGUACGACCAGCACUUCAGCUAGUACAGUCAAUAUCAAAGUAACCAAGCCCUGCUUCGACUUCAAUGGGCAACAGGUGCAACUAAAGGAGCUCACCGGAGAAAAAUCUGGCGCAAAGUACGUGUUUGAGACAGAGACGUCCUUCAUGAAGGAAGGCGGUUACGUGAUCGGGCUAGGGAAGACGAAGGCAGAAGCCCAAGCGGCUUUGAGGAUACUGCAAUUGGAUGGGUUUUUCGCAGAACAUAGAACUCGAAGGAUGAGUUUCGAUUGGAUGCUCUACAAUCCGAAUUGGGAUUUGUUUUCGUACAAUACGGCAACGUUUGAGGUGUCGCCGACGGCUGAUUAUGACCCACAUUGUUCUUGAUGUACUAGUACUUGUAUGUUGGUUCUACUACUUGUACUAGUACUUGUUGCAGACUUAAGUUUACAAUUUGUCUGUUUUUUGACAUCGCUUUUUUAAGCUUGUUCUUCUUCUAACCAAAACUAGAAAAGAAGUUUAGUUCGACCGUUUUUCCAGUGGCGCACAUUUACAGCGGAGGCUCAACUGAGGACCUAAUAUCCGACCGCGCCUUAAACACGGUGCUGAUGAUUCUCUACGUGCUUCUCGUCGUUUGGGUGACGCUUGUUAUGAAAAGUGUAAGUUUGCUUUUGCUUUUUCGUGCUCGUGUAGAUGAGGAAUGCGUUACUACGGAAGCCCGACAAGAACUCUUCCUUCUAUUCUAACCUCCGCGUAAUGGUCUCCGAGCUGCUCGUGCAGCACCAGAUCAGUUCAGAACUUGGGAGACCGUUUUACGGCUUUAUCUUUGACUUCUUUGACGAAGACAGUUACAACUACGUAAAUGCUCUGGGUGCGCUGGCAAACAUCAUGGUUAUCGUGUCGUGGUUGCAGUUUGUGGCAUUGGACGUCCACGAAUUGAUACUCGAAGCAACCGGAGCUGCAAGCAAGCUGAAAACUGAUAGCAGUAUUUGGAUGUUUCAGAUUCAUACACAUACUUGAUGGAUUUCUUCUACAUUUUGUAGUUCAAAUUUAACAUGCUUGGGUGAUUUUAUAGAUACAUCACAACCACAAGAAUCCUUUCUGUUUUGGAGUUGCAUUCCCUUGUCUCCACUCCCUGGAAUAUCUUAUUCCUCCAAACACCACCACUCAGUGAACUCCGUCAUAUCCGGCGAUUUGGUCCAACACGAGAGAUUUGCUGAGGCCGCUAGCUCCUGGAACGUGUUUGUGGGUUGGUCUGCGAUCAAUAGUUUUUUGCUCGCCUUGCGCAUAAUGAAGUAUUUUGGCGAGAUUUCAGCCGUUGCGAACUAUAAGCAGGAUGAAUCACCAGCGGAAGAGGUGGAGUACGAGUUCCAUGAGGAAUUAGAAAAAGCCUAUGUGUUAAGGCUCAACUUUCAAUGGUCACCAUUGAGAUUGGAGUCACUGAGAUCGAAGAGGCGGCCCCUUGAGGAAAGAUGGGGGGAAAACGAAGGGAAAGGGGAGAGCUUUGAAGGGGGUCCCUUCCGUUCAGAGUCAGUGACCAUUGAAGGCUGAGCUUUAAACGUGGGUCCGAAUUCGUUUAAAAACACCUUCAACGCCCCUGCGGAAACAGCCGGCGUGCGUCCUGGGUGGGUAGUCGAUAAGAUCAACGAGAAGAGCUUGAGGGAGCUUUUGCAUCGGGCACGAGGAGAAGCUGAAAAUUAUGGCUCCUGUGAGAUCAUCACUAAAUAUAACAAGAAGAUACUGAUACUGGCUACUCAAAUAUUAUGUCCACAAAGAAUCCAUUUCCAUUUUGAAUUCAAAAAUGAAGCACUUACUAAGAUGCAUAGGUCAUCUUCUAAGAAAGGAAAGGCGAACCGUUUGCGGGACGUGUCUGGUUCGAUAACUACAUCAAAGGUGUGGAGCCGCCAUGCCAAAUCGUCUUCAAGUCUCAGACGGGAAUGACAGGGACCUUAGUGAAGGCAUUGGCGAGAUGUAUUUCGCAGGUACAUACAACUUCUUGGACUUUGAAAAACAAAAAGCUAAGCUUCUCGUUUUCAGAGGAAAUAUGAUCUUGACAUGUUCUUGUUGCUUUGUCCCCUUGUCCUAUCCUGUACUAGCACUAGGAGCUUUAUUCUUCCAUGUCCACCCUAGACGUUCUCAAUCUCACCACCAGGUUCUCCGUUUCACGAUGAUCUUGAUGAUACUGCUCCUCGGUUUCGCAAUCCUGUUUCAUAUCCAGUUUGGCACACAGUUCAAGGCUUUUGCGAAUCCGGCUACGUCCAUUAUCAGUCUCGUCCGAUUCAUGAUGGGAGACGUGUUUGCAUUAGAAUCUUUGCUAGAGGCGAAUUACCCUUUCACGUACGUGUUAUUUAAGGUUGCAAAAUGUAGUUUCCAUAUUCUUGUCUGGUUCCGUAAUAUCUUGAUGCCGUUUCUCAAGGGAAAAGACGAGGCACAAAUAUUUAUAGGAUGCAUGUGAAGAAGAUGAGUCCGCUUUUUGAUGCUGGUGGGGCUUCUAAAUCAUUCUGGGGCUUCGAAGUGGUGUUUUUCUUCGUCUUGUCGAAACAGUUCCUUGCUGUUAUGGUGUACAGCUGGAAAGUCCACAGGGAAGAAACGCAAGUCUACGGCAUCUUUCGAAACCUGACCAUGCUAGCCGAAAAUGCAGUACAAAGUAAUCCUGUACUGUUGAAAAUUGCGACGAAUGUGUUGAAAAGCUGUAGUUGUGGAACGAGUUUAUAUGGUGGCAGCGGCAAAGGGGAGGGGGGAGAGUUAUGGGCUACAGUGUUACUAACUUUGCACCAGAACCGUUCAUUAUAUAACCGGAAAGGUCGCUCUCCCCUGGAGCUACUUCCCUACUGGAUGGCCUCACGAGUAGACACCUACUGCUAAAAAACAGGCGCCAUGUUGACAUGACAUGAGGAUAUGUUUCCAUUCAUCAAAGUGGGCCUCUGAUCUCAGCUUAGAGAUGACCUCUAUGGCUUUUAGUGGACCUCGUCCUCUGGUCACUGAGCUCUCUAGCUCCUCUGGUCACUGGGCUCUCUAGCUCCUCUGGUCACUAGCUCCCUAUAUCAUCAAAGUGGUUCUCCUGUCCUCACGGUUCUGCUCCUGUGCUCUAAGCUGAGAUCUCGAAGCUGUGGGUGAAAGCUACUGGCGACGGUUUGGCGUAUUGAAACAGCUGUUGCAUUUGCACGAGGACUCGUUGACAGUGGACACCGCAUCGAUGGAACUGCAUAAAUACCUGGUUUUGCAUCCAUUGGAGGAAGAAGAGGAGGAAGGCAACGACUUAUGUCCUCUGAAGAUCAUGAAACCUCAAAAUCCUGUCUAAAUGAGGCUAAGUAAAAGUAAAUAACGUGAAAAUUAUGUGGAAGAACUCUACUUCACUGUACUAACAGAAGUUCUGAAGACAACUCUUCAAGAAAACGAUGAGAAACAAGCACAACGACCUCUAAAAAAUCAAAAACAAGGAGCGAGCACACCUGGAAAUAAAGACCCUGGAGGUGAGGGAGGUAAAGCAUCACCUGCGAAGAAGGGUGAGAACGAACUACAAAAGUUAAGGUUUAGGAUCUACAUGACAAUAGAAAUGUCUGUUAGUUUCUUUUUCCUUUGCCAUUGCCUGCUUGUUAGUUUCUUGCCGAUGAUGCGAAGUCCUCCUCUUCGUGCUCCGGUUUCUGCGGAGCGACGAUCAUGCCCGCUGCCUCUAACGCAAGCAGGAAAAAAAUCGAAUAGCAAAACUCCCGCAGCAGCAGUGAAGCUGAUCAACUCUAGACUCGCUGGACCGCAGCAAAACCCCUUAGAUCCAGCCAUCCAGGAGCUCGCACAAGAGUUGCGAAGAGCAUCGAGGCAAAAGGAGGACGAUUUCCGCAAUAAGCUGUUCGAACGAGGCGACAUAGCGGAGUUCGCGAGGAAGCAAGUCACGGAGAAAAUCCGCGUUGGAGUGAUGGAUAUCUGCCUCAAGCACAUAUGCCUCGACACUACUGACGGCCUCAGGGAACACCUAGUUCGCCACAGGCUCUUGAUGCAGAUGGGAAUUGUACGGUUUGAUGACUUCAGAGCCGACUCCGAGAUUAGUAAAGUGCAAAUGCCGCAGUUUUUAGGGAGAAAAGAAGUGGUGCAUAUGGAGCAUGAUCUCGAGAGCGAAUAUGCGAUUACUGAGCACCAAGAAAAUGAUUUGGAAGUGUUAGCCACCAAACUUGCGAUGCAGAGGGAGCAAAAAGCCGAAGCAGAAAAAGAAUACGCAAAAAGCGCUGCUGGAAAAGAAGCGGAAAAAAAGAGUAACAAGUUAUGGUGCAGCAGCUCACUCAAACUCAUUAUCUUUGAUGAAUAACAAACAAUGAAUUAGGAUGAUUUAUUCGAUUUCACAUUGCCUUACCUCAUUCAACUUGCUCUAUCUCAUUGUCCUGUAAAUUCAACUUCAGCAUCAACUAGUCUGACCUCCUAUUCUAAGUCUCCACUCUAGUACUACGAUGCUGGGAAGUGCAGCCUCAGCAUCCCUUAGAUUUGCAGGACGCGUCAUUGGACCAGGAUUUUCUAGGACGUUUUCAAGUCUCGGAGGAGGAAGCGCAAGCAGUAGUUUUGGAAGCGGUGGGGCAGGUUCAGGGUCACGUUAUGGCAGGCUUCAAGAUUGUUGGACUUCACUUCUCAAAACUGGUGGGAUAUCAACAACACACACUUAUGUCCCUCACGACUCACGUCCACGACCACCUCUCUAACAAUCGCUUUCCCUCUUACGUGCUGGCACUGCUGACUUCGCACGCGCAAGUCUUCGCAAACUGCCGAGCGGUCUUCAUCUUAGAUCGCCUGGUCGUGAUGCAGAACAUGAGGCAGCAGUGCUAGAACUAGAGCAGCGGAAAGAAAGGGAUAAACUGCGCGCACUGUUGCCGCCAAGCCCUUCCGGAGAUGGAUUGGCUAUUCUUUUAUGUUCUGGUGUUCAUCGUUGCUUUACCCUCAAUAUAGCUAGUCGUUCAUGUGGUUCAUUGUGCGUGCUGAGUAAGUAGAUAGAAAUCAGUGAAAGCUAGUCUUCAGUUUCACAGCUCCUUUCAAGUUCAUCACUAAAAGGUAGUCCUCUUCAGUUUCACAGCUCCUUUCAAGUUCAUUAUUCAUCGUUUCUCUCUAAUUCACCGCGAGCUACUCUUGGACACCCUAUUGACUUCGCUAGAGGGCGCCCGCAUCGUGCAGCAGCUUCGAGAGCUGUUUGAGCGAAAAACACCUCAAUUCGAACCCGAAAAUAGCAAGGAACGCGCUGUCCUAACCAAAAAGGCUCUGCUAGCGGGCAAGCGUUUCGAGCUCUUUCGUGCCUUUCUAGAGGGCAAAGUCCGGCGAAAGCUAGUUGCAACCUUAAUCGAAUGUGCAGAGGCAAAGAGUCAGAUCAAUAAAGAGCAGACUGUCAUACUGUACCGUUACAGCCAGGAAAUACAGAACCAGAGCUCGGGAGUGGAGGAUCAGAUACAGGGUCUGAUUAAGGCUCAAAACAAUUCAUUUCUACACGCUAUUUCUUCUUGUUUCCUUCUUAGGCUCCUUGACAUUGAGACGAGAAAUGCACGCAAGAAAUGAAAUGUUUCGAGCUCUAAAAUGAUGGCAAAUAAGAAUGCUCUGGAACGCAAGCUUCGGCCUUUGAUUAGCGGGGAACCUGGAGCUUGAGCGUGAGCAGCUUGAUGAGGGUGGCUGAAAGUCUUUAGUUGCGCUAUUUGCGUUGCGUGUAUUCCUAGACUAAGCACAUCAUCAGCGUUACACAGUAGUCAUUUUCACUUUUCACAAUGUCAUAUUAUCAAUGUUGCUGUAGUUACUUUGAUUUACGAAAAUGUCAAGCAAAAAGAAUUUCGAUGAUGAACUAACACUAACUAGACGAUGAAUGUAAUUAUUUUUGAAAAACAUUCGUGGUCACGCAAUGUGGUGGUCAUUGCUGUGGUUGCAAAAUUGAAUCCUUAUACUUACGUUAACUUUAACACUUACACUUCCUCAUAUAUCAAUUGAACAGUAUCAUGCGAUGCCACCAUGAAUCCUUAUCGUAUUCAAGUGGUAAAGGUAGGUGGCUUAGGGAGUACUAGAUUAGCUGCAUUCAAGAACCGGUAACUCAGCGUGUGCAACAUGCGUGUCAUUUGAAAAGUCUGUAACGGAAGAAAGAGACCAGUGAAAAUUUGUCCGCUAGUACACAGCCCAUUGCCAUUCAUCACGGGACUACUCUGCCUCGUG